AGAGGUUCUUACGUCACCGUUUUGUCACACAGACAGACACUUUUUUUGUAGCCAAAAAAAAAAAAACAAAAAACACGCACACAAUUUAUUUUCCGGGGUGUUUUUCCAGUUUUUACACAAUUUCAGACCCGCAAGGUUAAAUGCUCGAAAAUCGUCCGCGCACGAGCCACUGCGGCGCCCUCUCCUGGACCAUUGACGAGGAAUUCCCGCGGGAAAAUCAAAGGGUGGUGAGGAAGUUCAUCAAUUCGGCCAUUUACGUGGAGAAGGAGAUCAGGGAGAUGCCCGUGCAGAGGAAAACCAGCCCUUUGACCUCCAACGUGGAGGAGGAGGAGGAGCGGGAGGUGGAAGGUGGAGUCAAAGUGGACGUAACCAAAUGCCCAACGAUGAGUUUAUAUAAGAGGAGUUCUAGUCACGACACCCUAAAGACCAAACAGUCUCCGGAAAGUGGCUACAGGACGCACGAGACCUCUUUGACCUCGUCAAAAGCCCCCUCGGAGAGCAGCUUCAUUACCGUGAAAGAGAAAGACGACACGUUUGGCAGCGACUUGAGACUGUCGCUGUCCUGCUUGCACACGAACAGGACGUGCGUCCUCGACCCGAAGGAAAAACAGGAGAUCGUGCAAACGUGGAUGGCGAAGAAAGAGAGGGAGAAGAGGAGGAGGCAGAUGAAGGAGGCGAGGAUCGAGAAAGAGCGCGAGGAAGAGAGACAAAGGUUGAUCGAGAAGGAGCGCGAGAACUUCAAGCGAUGGCUGCAAGAGAAGAAGAAAGAGGAGGAGCAGAGGAAGCUGCAAAAGGAGCUGGAGGAGGAGGAGAUGAAGCUGAGGGAGGUGCAGAAGGAGAAGAGGAAGGUGGAGAACGACAUCAGCUUCAAUUUGUGGCUGAGGCGCAAGCGCAAAGACGAUUUGGAGAAACGCAUUACCGAGAAAAUCGCCUUGUUAAGGGUGUACGAGGAGAAGCAGCGGAGGCUCGAGGAGAACGAGAGGGCCUAUCAGGGGUGGCUGGAGACCUCGAAAAAUCGACAAAAACCCGUGCCGAUGAACAAGGGAUUACAAAGUUUAUGCUCUUCGGCCUCCGUCACGUACAUCAACCCGAUCCCUUGGACUCCGAACAUCGACUCGAACAAUAAAAAAAUGGCGUCGCAGUAGAGCUGUUUAGGACUUAUAUACUAUAAUAUACUAUACUUUCUAUCACUACAACAA